GAUUCAAAAAAAAUAAUAAUAAAUUCUUCUCCGUACUCCUUGCCUACUCACUUCAGUCGACCUUCAAGCCGUAUCUUUCAAUAAUCUUUUUACACCCUCUUCCCCGGCGAAGAAGGUACCUAAUUGACUAUGGAGUACUCGGAAGGCGUGUCUCACGACCACGUCCUCAAGACCCACGCGGCGGAGGCAGAAAAGGCAGCGGCGAAUCCAGGGAGCCCAGUGUACGACAAGGAAAAGGGCGAGCUCAGCGAGCACGAUAGGGCCAUCUACGAGCAUGGCGUGAAGAAAUUCAGCAAGCUGGGCUGGAAGCGGCUGACGAUCGUGCUCAUCGUCGAGGCCAUCGCCCUCGGUAGUCUGUCCAUCCCAAGCGCCUUCGCGACGUUGGGCAUGGUCCCUGGUGUGAUCUGCACGGUCGGCCUCGGGUUCAUCGCCAUCUACACCAGCUACGUCGUCGGUCAGGUCAAGUUGAAGUUCCCCCAGAUUGCCCAUUACCCGGAUGCCGGGCGGAUCAUGGCCGGUAAAAUUGGGUACGAGAUCAUCUACGUGAUGCUUGCCCUACAGCUGCUUUUCCUGACUGGCUCGCACUGUCUCACGGGCACCAUUGCCUUCGAGCACAUCACCAACAGCGGCAUCUGCUCCAUCAUUUUCGCCGUCGUCUCCGCCAUCAUCCUCAUCCUGUUUGCCAUCCCGCCCAGUUUCUCGGAGAUGGCUAUCCUCGGGUACAUUGACUUCGGCUCCAUCGUUCUAGCGAUUGGAAUUACCAUCAUCGGCACGGGAGUCGCGGCCUCGAACCAGAAGGGCGGCCUCGCCGCCGUCGACUGGUCCGCCUGGCCCGCCGAGGGGACCACCUUCACCGACGCCUUCAUCGCCAUCACCAACAUCGUGUUUGCGUACAGCUUUGCCAUGUGCCAGUUCUCCUUCAUGGACGAGAUGCACACGCCCAAGCACUUUGUCAAGUCUAUCUGGGCGCUGGGCCUGAUCGAGAUCGUCAUCUACACCGUGACGGGCGCCGUCAUCUACGCCUUUGUCGGACAGAGCGUCGAGAGUCCCGCCCUGCUCUCCGCGGGUACCCUGCUCAGCAAGAUCGCCUUCGGCGUCGCCCUGCCCGUCAUCUUCAUCAGCGGCUCCAUCAACACCGUCGUCCUCGGCCGCCUCGUCCAUGGCCGCGUGUUCAAGCACUCCACAAUCCGCUUCAUUAACACCAAGAUGGGCUGGAUCACCUGGCUGGCCCUGGUGGUCAUCAUCACCAUCCUGGCGUUUGUCAUCGCCGAGCUGAUCCCGUUCUUCUCCGACCUGCUCUCCAUCUCCUCCGCCCUCUUUAUUUCCGGCUUCACCUUCUACUUCCCCUCCAUCAUGUGGUUCAUGCUCAUUCGUGAGGGGCCCUUGACCACCCCCAAGAACAUGGCUCUCGCCAUCCUCAACGCUUUCAUCCUCAUCAUCGGUCUGGUCACCUUGGUGGGCGGUACCUACUCCAGCGUUGACGAUAUUAUCAGCAAUUACCGUGACGGAAGCGUCCGAGGCGUGUUCAGCUGUGCUGCCGUGUCGUAGACUAGAUAUAGAUUGAUUUAUGACUGUUUGUACUUGCUAGAGCUAAAGCUGGAGCUAGAGCUAGAUUGCUAGAUUACGAUUGCUAGAAUAUACCA